AUGGACGGCGGCUCCUCCAGCCUCCCCCUCCCCCAACCACCGCCGCCGCAGGUCUACCUCCGCCGCACCGUGCCGCCGCCCGGCCCGCCGGUCCAGGCUGCUCCUAGGGUCCAACUGUUCCGCGCCCCUGCACCCAUCCCCAUCUUCUCCUCCAAGCCCCGCGCCGCCGUGAGGUCCCCGAUUCCUCCCCCUCCUCAUGCUCCUGCUGUUGCUUCAGCUCCCGCUCCCGCGGCGGCUACAGUGCAGGCCCCACCUCCGCCGCCGCCUGCGUCGCCCGCCUCCACCGACCAGCCGCCCCAGCAGAAAGCUGGCACGAUGGCUCCGCCUCCGGCUCCAGAACCGGCGGGGAAGAGGGGGCCCAAGCCUAAGGCACAGUCGAAUGAGCAAAACAGUGGAGAAUAUUCUCAAUCUGAAAACAACAUGGUAGAGACUGCGCAAGGGCAUGAUAAGGAGACUACCCCUGGACCUGUAAAAGCUAUCAAGAGGAUAAAAAAGCAAAAAGCUUCUAAACACAACUUGGGCAACACAAAUUCUGGAGCAAUUGAAGGUCUGCUGACGAAGAAGUUCAUCAACCUGCUUCAAGGAGCUGAAGAUGGGACCCUUGAUUUGAAUAAAGCAGCUGAGACGUUGGAGGUGCAAAAGAGGAGGAUGUAUGAUAUAACAAAUGUUCUAGAAGGUGUUCAUUUAAUUGAAAAGGGACUUAAGAAUAUGAUUCGCUGGAAGGGAUUUGACAUGUCGAAGCCUAAGGAAAUAGAAUGCCAAAUUUCUUCAUUGAAGGAAGAACUUGAAUCUCUUUAUGAUGAAGAGUUCAGGUUGGAUGACGAAAUAAGCGUAGCAAAAGAGAAACUACAAGCCCUCACCCUAGAUGAGGAUAAAAGAAAGUUGUUAUAUCUUUUGAAGGAAGAUAUAAAUAAGAUUCCUCGCUUUCAGGGAUCCACUGUUAUCGCUAUAAAUGCUCCUCAUGGAACUUGUGUUGAAGUUCCAGACCCUAAUGCGGAUCAGUACAUGUAUGGGAAUCUGGGUUUGCAAGAGAAGCACUACAAAAUUGUCCUGAGAAGUUCAAUGGGUCCUAUUGAUUGCUAUUUGAUAAAUGACCGUCAGGAGAUAUUUAACCCAGACCAGCUGGUGGCAGCAGACAGAUUAGAACCUGCGGUUGCUACUGAUAGUUCUCAAGCUUUGCAGCAGAUGGAUUGUGAUCUAAAUCAGGCACCGGAAAAGGAAUGGAUCAAUGGUGGCUGCAUGCAUACAACUGAACCAUCCAGAAAGCAAGACAAUGGCAUUCUGAGAAUCGUUCCAUCAGAUUCCGAUGCUGAUGCUGAUUACUGGCUCGCUUCUGGCAUUGAUGCUAGUAUGACAGAUGCGUGGGGCACAUAG